AUGUCCGAUUCCAACGAGAUCAAAUUCUCUAACCAAUACACUAAAGAUUAUGAUAAGACAUUUAUCAUACUUUACCUAGUUGAAGGCCUAUUUAUCAUUCUUGCAAACCUAUUUUUAACUAUCAGAUUAUUUACAAAUCGUCAGUUGAGGGCACAGAAAGAAUUUGUAAUAAUUGGUGCUUGCUUAUUUUUCGAUGUAAUAUUCGGCAUCACUUAUUUUAGCGCUGGUGUUUAUCGUGCAAUUCUAGUUAUUAUUUAUGAUAGAUUCCCACUCGUCUCCAUGUGGGAUUGUUUCAUGACUGUACACAAUCAAUUCUUCAUAUUAAUUGUAGUUAUGGCUGGAAUUACAUUAGUUUUCACCGCAAUCGAUCGAUUUAUAUGUGUAUUUUUUCCAUUUCGAUAUUUGAAACUUCACAUUGAGUACGCGUAUAUGCUUAUGUUUUUGCCAUAUCUCAUUGUUAUCCCGUUGUGGAUUCCUGCUGCAAUUGGUGCAUAUGAUAAUUAUUCCGUGAAAAACUUCACCAUGAACUGUCUCAUGAAUCAAUCGCUACCCUUGGACCUUUAUACUCUCUAUCGUACCAUCCGUAUCCUUACAACAAUUGCCUGUAUUUUCAUAUACCUUCCAAUUUUCAUCAAAAUGUGCAUCCGAACUCAGAGUAUCUACAAUCAUACCAAGUUUGCGCCGGGCUCCACCAAAAACGGAAAGCGGUUGUUGAGCAUGACGAAGACAGUGGCGAUGAUAACUGGCAGUACUAUUUGUUUAUUUACGGUGCCGGAUUUGAUUACCUAUUUUUCGCCAAUGAUCAGUUCGAAUGUUUUGUAUUUAAUGAAUUUAAAUAAGGGCGUCGUAAACCUCUUCAUCUUCCUCACAACUCAAAAAGUACUCAGAGACUUGAUGUUUCCAGGCUCGGCGAGAAAGACGUCAGCUAUGCUCCCAUCACGAACCACACGAACCAACCACACAAUAGUCGUACAUUGAAUUUGCCCGUUUUUCAAGAAAAAUAGUUAAUAUUUAUAAUUUCGACAAACCGUUUUUUAAAAAUUAUUUUACAAAAUUCGUUUUCUUGUUUAAAUAAAAUUGUUCUGCGAAU